AUGCAUGAAGAUCAACAAACUGAUCCUUCUACCAAUCCAAAUUCAGCUUAUUAUUUGAGCAAUAAUGACUUGAAUGCUUCAAAAUUGGUUAACAUUGUGUUUGAAGAACCUUUAGUUGGAAGAAGCGUUUUUUAUCUCAGAACAACAAGGGAGAUAUGGCUCGACCUAGAAGAGAGAUUUUUUCGGUCUUCUGGUCCUCAAUUGUACACUAUUCAACACCAACUCAGUGAUCUCAAUCAAGAAGAGAAUGAAGAGAUUUCAAGCUUCUUUACUAAAAUCAAACUUCUAUGGGAUCGGCUUGAUGGAUUGGAUCCCAUACCUGCUUGUCACAAUACUUAUGAUGAAUCCUCUGCCAACCAUAUCAAAGGCCUACGGAUUGUUAUUUCAAGAAUAAAAAGCAGAAGGAAUUCUACAUCAACAGAGUACAAUCUGGCUCAGAAUCUGCAGCAUUUGCAGCAAGAAGAUUCAAUAAUAAUAAGCCUUACAGGAAUCAGUACACAAAAGGCACUGAAUCAUACAAUUGAUAAAUGCUGGAAGCUACAUGGUUAUCCAAAAGAUUUCAAAAAUAGAGGCAAAAGAGUGGCAACAGCAGCUCAGCUAGAGGUUUAUGUAGAAAAGGAGAAGCAGUCUGGCAUCAUCCAUGCCACCUUCACUGAAGAAUAA